CUCUGCAAGAGAGUGGAUUGAAAAGAAUGAAAGAAAGAAAAAAAAAAAAUUGAAACAGGCAGGCAGGCUGAUGGCUUUUCCUGCAAAGUUUAGUACUUCAAAAGUUGACUUCUAAGCAACAGCAGAUGCACGGACAAAACCUAUCUUGGACAAUAUGCAGCAGCCCUUUCCUUUCCAUCAGCAUCUCCAACUUGUUGCGUACCUCUGUUGGAUUCCCUUGUUGGCCAUUAGCACUGAGUCAGCUCCAUUAGCUCCCGAGUGCUUGCCGGAGGGACACCGCGUCCUCCGCAAUCCCUACCGCAGCACCAGGUUUGACUCACUGGAGCUGCAGCGAACGGCAGUUGAGGACCUGGUUUGUGACCACUCCUUGCCACCAGCAUGGUACCGUUUCAUGAUCAACAACAGGCCCGCAGAAAUGCCAACGAGAUGUGUCGAAAUGAAUAAAUGCGGGACGCAAGCUCCGGUGUGGCUGUCACUGAAGUCUGAAUCCCUGCCGGUUCCCGGUGAGAGCAAGCGGCUCACAGCCUGUGCUACCUGGCAGGUCUUCUUCGGGGGCACCAAGGACUGCUGCUUGUUUCGGAUACCCAUUGCUGUCAGGAACUGUGGCGAAUUCUUUGUGUAUCUCCUGCAGCCUACUCAAGGAUGCAUGGGCUACUGCGCGGAAGACAAACUCACAAGCCUGGCUUUGCAACCAGUGAUAACUCCCGAGCUUGUGCAAGGUCGCGUCCACCUGAAGUGCACCUACAGCCGCCCCUCCUCAAAGCCGCCGCUGCAGUACGUGGUGGUCUGGUCGCGCCUGUCCACCCCUGGCAAGAAAGAGCAGAUUCAGCGUGACACCACCCUGCAGUCGUUUUCCUACGUAGAGAUGAACGGCGUAAAUCUCAGAUUGGGAGACACGGUCUUUUGCACUGUCACCGCUUUCACGAGGGACACUCCUGAGCAGCAGUCGUUGCCUGAAGAGAGCAAAGGUUUCUAUGCCGGGAUUAAGUUUUUACCAGAAUCACUACAAAUUGCAGAAGACGGCAAAGAGCAUGUUUUGACCAUUCUGAGCACUGUACCCAUUGCCUGUCCUGGGCAUGACGAUUCCUGUAAAAUCACUUUGCAGCUAAGUACUGAGGAUUUGGAUAGCCAAUUACUGGGGCCCCCAAACAUCGCCCUUUCGGCAUGCCAGGUGGAUCUGCUGCGGGCGCCCUGCUCGGAAAGCAGCUGUGCAGCAGCCGCGCUGACAGUGACAGCCGUGACAGACUUUGCUCAGGAUGGGAACCGCAUCAGCCGCAUCAGAGCUGAGCCAGUCGGAUGGAGGGAUUUGCUUUGGAGGGCUUACACACCCAAGGACGUGAAGGUCACAGUUCGAGACCUCCCAACAGGGAACUGCUACUCUUUCACUGAUCCACACAUUAUCACAUUUGAUGGAUGGCGCUACGAUAACUAUAAAAUCGGCACCUUCCUUUUAUGCCGGAGCAUGUCGCGGGCGUUUGAAGUGCAUGUUCGGCAGUGGGAUUGUGGAGGCCACCGCUCCGCCACCGCCUGCAAUUGCGGCGUAGCUGCGCGAGAGGGGGGUGACACCGUGGUGCUGGACACCUGCAAUGGCCAUUUUCGGGAGAGCAGACCCCAGCUAGCUGUCAAAAGCACCGAGGCAUCGCCACAUGUCAAAAUCCUAAAGUCCUACGGAGGGAGAAAAAUAACAAUCCUGUUCCCUUCGGGAGCGUUUGUUCGAGCCGACGUGAGCGAGUGGGGAAUGGGUCUGACGGUGAGGACGCUGGGCAGCGACUUCAACAGCACCAGAGGUUUGUGUGGCCUCUUUGACGGGAUCGGUCACAACGACCUGAGCAAUGUGCCUGAGGAAGACUUCAUAGAGGAGUGGAGAAUACCUCCAGGGAAGAGUUUAUUUGACAAGACUCCAGCACCUUCUGAGGGGAAGCAAAGGAAAAACUACUGCAGAUGUCAGGAGAGCACUAAGUCCGUUCCCGUGGUAAACACACUGAAUGCCUUUCAGACUCCUUUCCCUCAGUCCUCUGGUUGCCAUUAUGAUCAUGUGGAUUACACCUCUGCAAUCCCGUAUCUAGAUGUUACGUCAGAGUUUAUCACUUCCUCAGAAAUAGAGUCUACUUUAAGAAAAGAUGAGAAACUGUUGACCAAGUCUUUUGAUCAAAGAUAUUUGCCUAAAUCAGUCCAAAAGCGAGGUAGCCCUGAGGACCGAUUAAAACCCCUCGCACACAAUGUUUCCAUGAAAAGCAGCAGUUCCGUUAACUCUACCAAACCAACAGAAGACCUAAGGAGAGCAAAAAGGCAAGAAGACUAUUAUGAAUACUCAUCCUUUCACCCAUUGCAUGGCCCAAGCCAGAGGGACUCAGAGAGCUUUGCAUAUUUUUUCCCAGAGGAUUACUUUGAAGGGAUUCGGAUGAAAUUUCCACUGGCAUGGCCCACUCCCAAUGGCCUAACUGCCACCAAAGCUCGGGAGAUUUGCCACCAAAUUCUUGCAAAUUCCACCAUAGGCUUAGUGUGUAAAGGUCUCCUUGGAAAACAGAUGGAUGAGGCAAUUGAUAUAUGCCUUUUAGAUCUGCAGCUCAAAGAUGACGUGGCUUGGGUGAGGGCACUGAUAGCCCUUUUGGAAAAUGAAUGUGAAAGAAGAGUACUAGGAAACAGAAACAGAGUAUUUCAUGUAGGAAACCAGCCAUCUGCUACCCAGGAGGAAAUCCUCACUGUUCUCCGGUGUCCUGCUUUCUGUAACGGCAAUGGACACUGUACUGAACUGGGCUGCCAGUGCUUUGAAGACCACAGCUCCUACGAUUGUAGCGUUGCCAAAAAGCAAGCUUUGGAAAUCACAGGCUUAGAGAACGGGGGCCUCUGCGACGUCCGUGCCUCUGACUGCACCAGGAUCCGGGUGUUUGGCCUCGGCUUCAAAGAGUCGCCCAACCUGCACUGUGAGGUCACCAGAUUAAUUCAUCUCAAUGGCGAAUGGAUAUCAAGAGAACAAGAAACCACAAAAGCAGAUUUUCUCAGCUCUGAGGCUGUUGACUGCCAAAUUCCUCUCCUGAACAUUACAGAGACAGAGGCUGUGCACUUUGUGGCCGGUGAUGAGCCGUUCGCAAGAUGGCAAGUGAAAAUCACUAACGAUGGCUUCCAGUACAGUAAUUCCAGAGUGCUGACCCUGUACGAUGCGGUCUGCCAGGCCUGCCAAUUCCAUCCAACCGGACUUUGUAAAUUAAAGGAAAAUACUUGUAAUAUAGAUGGACUUUGCUAUGGUGAAGGAGAGUCAAGCCCUACCAGUCCUUGUCUUCUCUGUGAACCUGACAUUUCUAAGUUCACCUGGUCUAUUAAUGAAAACAACCUGCCUCCUGUGUUCCAGGCCCCCUCCAGCCAGCUGCUGACAUUUAUUGGUGAGAAUUUUGUUUACCAGUUAAUAGCAGUGGAUCCGGAAGGGUCAGCUGUGCUAUUCAUCUUAGAGGCUGGGCCACAGGAUGCCAGGCUCUCUCCUGCUGGCCUUCUUAUCUGGAAAGUUGAUUCAGAAGAAAUGCAGACCUUUGAAUUCACUGUGUCGGAUGAAUGCAACGCACAGCGCAGAUACUCUAUUGAGGUUGGAGUGAAGCCCUGCAGCUGCCUCAAUGGUGGAACAUGUGUUACCAAUAUUAAAUUCCCUCCAGGCCUUGGUGAAUACCUGUGCUUAUGUCCAAAUGGAUUUGACGGAGAGUUUUGCCAGGAAGAUAUUAAUGACUGCAAAUCAAAUCCCUGUGGCAGCGGAACAUGCGUGGACAGUGUGGAUAGCUACUUUUGUAAAUGUCCCCCUGGUUUGGGAGGGCUUACUUGUCAGGAAGACAGGAAUGAAUGUGAAGAGAGUCUCUGUUUUCCUGGAGUGUCUUGUAUGAAUACCUUUGGAUCAUAUGCAUGUGGAAUUUGCCCCAGUGGGAUGGAGGGAAAUGGUAAAACUUGCAAAUCUGUGCUUGCUGCUGACAUUACAAAAGCUUUAAGCAUUGAAAAAGGCAAUGGCAAAGGUGAUUUGAACAAGACCAAGGUUAAGCAGCUGCUGCAACCCUUAGAGGCAAAGGAUUCUCCUGUAAUUAAGAAUUUUAACAUAAGUGAUAGACGUGGCCAUGCAGCACCACUGUCACAUAUGACUACCUGUGCCAACAGGCCGUGUUUUCCUGGAGUGCUAUGUUUUGAGCGGAAACCCCCUUACAUUGGAUACGUCUGUGGCCGAUGUCCAGCAGGGUUUUUUGGAAAUGGUCGAAUCUGUACCAAAGUCCCCCGACCAGUUUCAAGAUCUCCCCAAAGCCAUGUGGAUUUUGCUGGAAGAAAUAUUGAAGAUGCUAGAGGCUCUCACCAAGAAAACAUUUUAAAGACAUCAAGAAACGUAUAUUCCCUUCUUUCCCAAACCCAAAUUCCAAGACAAGAAACUAUUUACCUUUUGGAAAGAAACUCCACAGUCAUUAACACUCCAACCCUUACAAUGAAAAGGAAGACUUCCCAAGCUCACAUAUCAUCAGCAAAAAAACCUGAUAUGGAGUCCACAGCACCUGAGAAACAAUCUUUUGUUGAAAAGAGAAGUGAUGCACAUACUUUCCUUCUGCAUGAGGAGCCAGACCGCAGAGCCACAACUGUCAGUGUGACACCCCAUACCCCUCUCCAUUAUAAACAACACAAACCAGGUACAACACGGACUGUUCCUUCUCAUCGCAACACAAAUGCAAGUUCAUUCUUUGCAAGGCCACAUGCUGUUCAGCAAACUCGUUCCAAGCACGGCUAUUCUCCAAGGAAAUGGCCCGGUCGAGUCGCAGUCUUGAAGACUAAACCAUCCCAAGAUUUCCCAAUAGAGCAGCAGAGAGCAUCUCCUUUGGCAACAUGCCUCACCUCCCCCUUCCAUUUAAUAGAUUCUUCCCUUGAUACAGCUCCCCGGAGUGCUAGCGUCCCAGCAGGGUCUGCUCCCCAAGCAAGGCUUCCAGCACAGACCACAGCAGCCAGAAAGGCAUACAACACAGCGAUGGAUCAUGUGGAACUGCCAAAAACCAGCAGCAGGAUGCAUCAGAAAGUCAUUUGUGCUAAUAUGCCGUGCUUUACUGGUGUGCAGUGCGAGCCGGCUGAAGAUGGAGGAUUUAAAUGUGGGCCUUGUCCCACUGGAUACAGCGGUGAUGGAAUUACAUGUGAAGUGCAGUGUGAUCCACCAUGUGAGCAUGGAGGAACUUGUCUAUCUCAAAACACUUGUUCUUGUGCUUAUGGAUUUGUUGGUCCUCGAUGUGAAACAAUGGUGUGUAACAGACACUGUCACAACGGCGGGGUCUGUGUGUCACCGGAUGAGUGCAAAUGCAGAAAUGGAUGGAGCAGCCCUUCUUGCGAAACAGCUGUGUGCAAUCCUGUGUGCUUGAAUGGAGGAAUCUGUGUACGGCCAAACAUGUGUACAUGUCCUUAUGGUUUCUACGGGCCACAGUGCCAGAGAGCUGUUUGCAUUCCCCCUUGUAAGAACGGUGGUCACUGUGUUCGAACCAAUGUGUGCUCCUGUACCGAGGGCUACACUGGAAGAAGGUGUCAGAAAAGUGUCUGUGAUCCCAUGUGCAUGAACGGAGGGAAAUGUGUGCGCCCAAAUGUCUGUGACUGUCCAUCUGGUUGGAGGGGAAAGCACUGUAAUAAAUCUGUUUGCCUGCAGAAAUGUCUGAACGGUGGAGAAUGUAUAGGUCCAAACAUCUGCGAGUGCUCUGGAGGAUGGGUAGGAACGCUGUGCCAGACCCCACUUUGUGAGCAGAAAUGUCUAUUUGGAAGCAGAUGUAUAAGACCAAAUGUCUGUGCUUGCAGAAGUGGCUAUACUGGUUCAGCAUGUGAAAAGAAGCUCCCAAUAGGAUGAAGAUAACAUAACAGCAGGACAAUGAAGACAAUCAUUUGGG